ACAUUUGAUCACCAGAUUCUUAUAACAAGAAACCGAAAAUAUUAACGACUGGAUCUACAUAAUUUCUUGACCAAGCUCAAGUCUUAUAUCUAUAUAAACGAAAAAAUUCUAACGAGCUUAGAAAUACGUAUAAUCAGACGAAAUCCGUUUGCAAUCAGCACCAUUCCGCCAUCAAAAUAAUCAAAGAAACUCUAGUCUAAUAUUUGUCCAUCAUGUAUUCAUCAUCAAAGGUUUUGCUUAUGUUGAGUGCUAUCGUAUCACUCGCCACUCAACUAGUCUCUGUCUCAGCCUUCGAACCAAUGACCAAUGAGGACCUAGAGGAGCGUCAACCCCAUCAUCUGCUGCAAGCCCGCCAGGCGCCAGCUCCCAAGCGAGAGGAGCCGAAGGCAGUCAAUCCAGGGCAGCCACCCAAGCCGGAUGACAAGUCGAACAAUCCAGCCGAGGCCUCUGCUGGCAACCUUAUCGGAAUGCUCCUGCUCACCUCAGAGGCACUCGAUGCGGUCACUCACAUGGGCUCUAAUGCGACGACCGUCAAAUUGGGCAGCGAGGCUAUCAUCAAAAUGCUCCCCGACUUGAAAGCUGGUCGGCAGAAAGUCUUGAAAGAUGCUAACAAAAACGGGGUGGACGAUGACCUUGAGAAGAAAAUUUCGGCUGCUGCUGAGAGUAUGAAUCAGAUGCUCAAGGAUAUCAGCGCCAAACCGGAAGAUGCCAAUGCGAUCAAGGCGAAGUUCGCGAGCCUAGUGGACUCGUUCAACCAAGUGAUUAAUGUUUCCGAGGCGACUAUCAAUCUGGCUCUGCCCGCGAAGGCCGCCGAAUUCGAGAAGGCUAAACUGGAAGGCGGGUUGAAGAAAGAAGAACAAGCGGCCGCCGCCGCCGGUGGUGGCAAACCUCCGGCUAAAAAGGAGGAACCCAAAGGCCAACCUCCUGCUAAAAAGGAGGACCCCAAAGGUCCAGCUCCCAAACCCUAAUUAUAAGAGCAUCCAAAUGUCAAAAGUAGUCCUUAUUUCCUUCAAAUAUAAUCGUUCCUCUUGUGGUUUUUUCUUUUCUUCUUUUUUUUUCUUUUUCUUUCCCCAUACUUAUAUUUCUCUGAAGCUUAUUUAUCAACAGAAAAAAUAAU